CGCGCGACGGCGAAAGCGCGCGACCGCGCGCUCGGUUCGAUCGGCGUCUCACCGAUCGCGUCGACCGCCGGGGGAGGCACGCGCGCGAUCGCGCGUCGCGUCGAACGCCGCGUCCGCGCCGCGCCGAGCGCAUCGAAAAUCGCGAAUCUCGCGCGGCUGUCGCCUUCCCUACUCAGCGGGAAAUAAAGCGCCCCGCGACCCCCGCGACCGGAUCGACCCCCCGCCGCGGCCUCGCGAGAUAUCGCGAUGGGCGUCAUAUGCGCGCUCUGUAACACCUCCGAGGCGGCGAUAUACUGCUUCAACGACGCCGCGAACCUGUGCUCCGCGUGCGACGCGCAGAUGCAUGUCGGCGCGCACUCGAACAACAAGCUCACGUGGAAACAUCAGCGCGUGCGACUGUGCGAGACGUGCAAGGGCGAGCCCGCGCACGCGACGGUGUACUGCGAGCACGAUAAGGCGCGUUAA